AUGUCACACUUGUCUCACCAGUACAAUAUGGUGGCACACCCGUACAAUAUGGUGUCGAUUAAUGACGCCAUCAGCACUGGCCAGUAUGCUGGGGGUGUUUUGCUCCAGGGCAAACAACAGUUGGAUGAGGCCAUUAAAAGCUACCAGAGAGCAAUUCACUUUCGCCCGACCUUGGCACUGGCAUACGUCAAUUUGGGUUCAGCACUUAUUGCCGCCGGUAGAUGUCAAGAGGCUGUAUCGGUGUUACGUCAAGGGUCCCGACUUGACGGCCACGGUUUAAAAGACAGGCGAGAACACGAAUCGGCUCGUGUAUCAGCCCUUCUUCAAUUAGGGGCUCUUUAUUCCGAUCAGGGUCGGCUCCAUAGAGCAUUAGCCGCUUAUCGAGAAGCGGCACAUUCCCUGCCGAAGCACUAUCCUCCUCAGAGUGUUUUUAAUCUUUUGGGGGAGACUUUGGCACGCCUUCAACAAGAUGAAGAGGCCGAAAGAUGGUAUCGAGCAGCCCUUUCGGCCAAACCUGACCACAUUCCAGCUCAUAUCACCUAUGGAAAACUUCUAGCGAAAAAUUCGAGUCGUGCCGUAGAAGCAGAGCAGUGGUUCAGGAGAGCGCAGAAAUUGGCACCAAAUGAUGCAAGCGUCUAUCACUAUUACGGAGAAUUUCUCGUGUCAAGAGGACGCCAUCAAGAGGCAGCCGAUAUGUAUGAGAAGGCAGCAGAGUUGCAACCGAAAGAUUACGAACUCGCAGUCGCAACCGCAACGGCAAUGCGACAAGCUGCCAGACACGAUGAUGCUGAACGAUGGUAUCGCAAAGCUGUUUCGAUAAAACCACGAGAUGCCAGAAGUCACACAAACCUUGGGGCGAUACUUCACCUGAAUGGAAAAUACAAGGAGGCCGCAGCUAGUUAUCGGGAAGCCCUACGACUGCAACCCGGUGACGUUACAACACUUACGAACUUACACAAAUUACACAGCACAAUGAUGACGACUUGACUAAAAGCGUGACAAGUGACAUUAUAGUUUUACUAAUGCUUCCUUACUCUAGCCCUAGAAAGUAGUGACGUCAGCCAACAUCAUUGGAAUAGCUGUUGCGAAUUGUGCCUUCGGCUGUGCUAAGUAUUGUUAUGUCUUCAAACUAUUGUAGAUAGGCAACCAUACAGUUUUUCUAAGGCUCAUAUAAUUUAAAGAUAUUUUUUUUAUUAAUAAGAAGCUAAAUAUUUUGCAGACUAUUUUUCUAUUAUUCAAUUCAAACCAUAUACCUGCGGUCAGAACUAGUUUUGAACCAUUGCUAUUCUCAGCAGCUUAACUAACUUACUUCAAAACUUCUGUUUGCAUAAAAAAAAAUAGAAAGAGGAGACUGUGGUAAAUAUUAAUUAAAAUUUAAAAAGAAAACUCACCCUUAA